UCUGUGCAUGACAAGAAGCCAGCUAAUCAGGGAGUAUGCAUGGGAUGGAAUAGGAAUGCUCUUUCUUUCCUGCGUCAGGAUCAUUAGUAUUGAUGAAAAGCAAAUCUAUCUCAGGAGCUCAUAGCAAAUGGCAGAAGAAUUUGAGUUGGCAGGCUGUUCCUCUAAGUCAUUCAAGCUGUACUCGCCAAAGGAGCCCCCCAACGGCAACGCCUUCCCCCCCUUCCACCCAGGCACCAUGCUGGAUCGAGAUGUGGGACCCACCCCGAUGUAUCCACCAACAUAUUUGGAGCCCGGGAUAGGGAGGCAUACGCCAUAUGGGAACCAGACAGACUACAGAAUAUUUGAGCUGAACAAACGCUUGCAAAAUUGGACAGAGGAAUGUGACAAUUUGUGGUGGGAUGCUUUUACCACAGAGUUCUUUGAAGAUGAUGCAAUGUUAACCAUCACUUUUUGUUUGGAGGAUGGACCAAAGAGAUACACAAUUGGACGGACGCUGAUCCCGCGGUAUUUCCGAAGCAUCUUUGAGGGAGGAGCCACAGAGCUGUACUAUGUCUUGAAACACCCCAAGGAGUCAUUCCACAAUAAUUUUGUUUCCCUCGACUGUGACCAGUGCACAAUGGUCACACAGCAUGGCAAACCUAUGUUCACACAGGUAUGUGUAGAAGGCAGAUUAUACCUGGAGUUCAUGUUCGAUGACAUGAUGAGGAUAAAAACGUGGCACUUCAGUAUCAGACAACAUCGAGAGCUCAUUCCCCGGAGUAUUCUAGCCAUGCAUGCCCAAGACCCCCAAAUGUUGGACCAGUUGUCUAAAAACAUUACAAGAUGCGGACUUUCCAACUCCACGCUUAACUACCUCCGACUGUGUGUCAUCCUAGAGCCCAUGCAGGAGCUUAUGUCCAGGCACAAGACUUACAGUUUAAGUCCUCGGGACUGUCUCAAGACCUGUCUCUUUCAGAAAUGGCAACGCAUGGUGGCACCUCCGGCUGAACCAGCCAGACAAGCCCCCAGCAAGCGCAGGAAAAGGAAAAUGUCCGGAGGCAGCACCAUGAGUUCUGGAGGGGGCAACACAAAUAACAGCAACAGUAAAAAGAAGAGCCCAGCCAGUACCUUCGCCCUCUCCAGCCAGGUACCUGAUGUAAUGGUGGUGGGCGAACCAACCCUGAUGGGAGGAGAAUUCGGAGAUGAAGAUGAACGGCUCAUAACCCGCCUGGAGAACACUCAGUUUGACGCCGCCAAUGGAAUUGAUGACGAGGACAGCUUCAAUAACUCGCCAGCACUAGGCGCCAACAGCCCAUGGAACAGCAAACCCCCCUCAAGUCAAGAAAGUAAAUCCGAGAACCCAACUUCACAGGCUUCACAGUAAAAAAAAAAAAUGACAAAAAAAGAAAAAAUAUAUAUAUAUGUGUAUAACAGGCCGAUGUGGAGGAACAAAAUGUUUUAAAUAAAAGUAAAGUCUCCAAAAAAAGAAAAAAAAAAGCUGAAACGUAUCUACCUGUAAAUUGAAAUAAAUUACAUUUUAAAUUUAACCCCUAUAGGUCCUGCCUUUUUAAAAAGAGGGGUUAGUGUAAGAGCAAAAUGGGGGAAGGAGGUACUGUGGACCAUGCGCUGCCAUCUUAACAAAAGCAUUUUAGCGUCUGUCAGACAGAGCGGUGUGUGUUUAUAUCUAUAUAAAUGUGUAUAUGGGCUUGGCGGGUGGAGGCCAGAGAAAUAAGUGGGACACACAAACACUGAUAAAGCCAUAGAUUUAGUGGGAGAUACUCUAGUGGGCAUGGGCUCAACCAGUCUCUCUGGCUUAGCGCUUUAUUGGAGAUCUCUAGCACCCAAACCUUUUAUGUAGCCUUUCAUUUAGGCAAUAGGAGAACCGUCUUUCGUGUUCAAGGACAGGAGAAAUACUUUCUGUAACUGUCAUUUCAGAAUGGCGCCAUCUGUCUUUUGUUUCCUUGUUGAUCGUGUAGCAACUUCAUCUUCUUCACCCCCCAGUCAAUUGAUACAUGGGCAAAGCUGGCCAUCCCAGGGGAGUUCCUCAUAUGGUGCAACAUUAGGCAUUUCUGGAUAGAUGAUGGCACGUGUGUAUGUGUGUAUGCGAUUAAGUUUAUAAUUAACAUAGUGACAAUAAUUAGCGCCUACUCGUCUUUUUUAAUAUUAAAGGAAGAGUUCAGGGUAAAAAUAAAAACUGAAUAGGCUGUACAAAA